UGGGGGGUGGGGGUGGGAGCUCCCUAAUCCCAGGAGAAAAUCGGGAGAGACUGGGAUGGCCAAUUCAGCCCAAUAACCAGGCUUGGAGGAAUAGGGCAAGAGUGGAAGGGGAUCGUUUUGCUAGAGAUCGCUAGGCUUCUCCUCGGAGGAGCCGGGGAGGUACUGGGGAGGAGGCCGGAGCUGCAUGGAGUUUCUGGGGCGCACAACUCCGGCGGGGCCUCGGCCACUGGGCUCCGGGGCGCAGCGAGGAGGCAGCCGCGCACAUGGGCUGAGCCCGCGCGGCCAGCGGGCGCGGGAGGGGUAGAGGCGAGCUCGGUGCAGGGGGUGCGGGGCGCACGUUUCCCUAGACGGGAGGCGAGGACAAGGACAGGGUCGGAAGGAGCAGCCUGGAUCACCGCGGGCUCUGCAAAGAUCAGCAGACUCAAAGGAAAGACUUGCACGGGGUACCCGGGCGCCACUGGGUUGGGCAAAGCUGCCUCCCAACCGGAGUGGGGGACGCCGUGGGAGCCGGCGGCAGAGAGGAAGGAUGCCCGCGCGGGGACGCGUGUGAGCGCCAGGCUGAGCGCUCGGUUUCGCGUCGCCCCCUCCCUGCGGGCCUCGGAGGAGGUGCCUGGGCAGCCGGGCAGCGGAGCCCGGGCUCCAAGAGAGGGAGAAGAUGCCGUUCCACCAUGUGACCGCUGGCUUGUUGUACAAGGGGAAUUACCUCAACCGAUCUCUGUCGGCAGGCAGCGACAGCGAGCAGUUGGCGAAUAUCUCUGUGGAAGAACUGGAUGAAAUCCGAGAAGCCUUUCGUGUUCUGGACAGAGAUGGGAACGGUUUCAUUUCCAAGCAGGAGCUGGGUAUGGCCAUGCGCUCUUUGGGGUACAUGCCGAGUGAAGUGGAGCUGGCUAUCAUCAUGCAGCGUCUGGACAUGGACGGAGAUGGGCAGGUGGAUUUUGAUGAAUUCAUGACAAUUCUUGGGCCCAAGCUGGUGUCAUCAGAAGGUCGUGAUGGUUUCCUUGGAAAUACGAUAGACAGUAUCUUCUGGCAGUUUGAUAUGCAAAGGGUCACCCUGGAGGAGCUGAAGCACAUCCUGUACCACGCCUUCCGGGACCACUUGACGAUGAAGGACAUCGAGAACAUCAUUAUCAACGAGGAGGAGAGUCUGAACGAGACCUCGGGGAAUUGCCAGACAGAGUUUGAAGGAGUUCAUUCACAGAAGCAGAACCGGCAGACCUGCGUCCGCAAGAGCCUCAUAUGCGCCUUCGCCAUGGCCUUCAUCAUAAGCGUCAUGCUGAUUGCAGCCAACCAGAUCCUGCGGAGCGGCAUGGAGUAGCAGCCUCCCACCAGCCACAACCGCGUUGCCAGCUCACUGCGCAUGUGCAUGCCCCGCGGGCAGACUCUGUUCCUCCACACCGGAGAUCUGGACCUAUGGAUGGAUGCAGUCGUUGGUACAGUUCAGUAAAGAACUCAAGUUUGCAGGGUAACCGGGAUCACGGAUCAACUCCAUCUCCUUGGCAGGGACACUAAAGGGCUGUCUUCAAAUGCUUUCAUGGUUUUGUUUCCCAAUGCAAUAAAUACCCGGGAGUUCUCAAUUAUUGCUUCAACCGCCAGUAGCAACUCCGAAGGGGGAAAAAAUACUGCUUUCUUUUCGUCUUGGAAUUCCAGUAGCCAUCCAAGUAUCGCGGUGGCAUCACAGAGCGAGGAAGAAAAGACAAGUAUGAACAACACUCACCUCCAUCCAUGCCCCGAUUCUUUCAACCCAGGGACCCAAAGAAACUCCCUGCUGAGGUUGACCUCUGGGUUGCGACUGGAAAGGGGACUGUCCAUCUCACCCUGGCUUCCUUCCUCCACCCAGUGGAGACCCCUCCCCCCAAGGCAUGAGGGGGAAAGCCAUUAGGCAGGGCUCAAGCUCCUUGCAGCACUGCUGGUCUUAUUGCCUUUUCUACAGGACUCCUGUCGGAAGAGCUGGGGCGCUCUCGGUUGGUUUCCUUGGCACUUGGCUUUCUGUUUCUGAAGUCCAUCCCGCACCAGCAUCUUGGAAUCUGCAGAGAGCCUGGCUCCCAGCUUUUCUUGCCUGUGCCACCAUUAGAGAAAAGAAAAAAAAAUUAUAGCCCGGGUGUGUCUGUAACCCAGAAGCAUAGACAGACAAGAGACUUCUCCGUGUUUGAUGCUGUUCUUCCCUAACCGCUUACUUUGGACGGGAAUUUGUUCUCUAACUCACACUCAUCCCUGCUUCUUGGGAGCAAAGGGUGAAGCUACUGGGGGAGGGGAAGAAUUGAGCCUGCUCCCAAGGAGGCCCACACCCUGGGCAUCCAAAAUAACAGAGCCCCUCUGAGUCUCCAUGCUAGACAACAUCUGUAAGUUAAGAUUGGUGUACACCUAAACCCUUCCCUCAUCUUGGACUUUCUUAGUGAGUCUUUCCCCAGCUAAAAGAAAGAGACCUAGAACCUGGUGCAGAAAAGCUGGAAGGAUUACUUGGCUGUAUGGACUGGAUUUUGCUUAAUAUCUCAAGAUAUUCAGAUUGUGCCAGUGACUCGUUAAAAAAAAAGAGAGAGAGCACGUGGUGUUUAAUAGGCGUGGUUGAUGUGAUGGAGACUUGACUCCUGAUCACAGGACACUUCUGUUGGGGUCUGUUUUCAGCAGCAGGCUGAGACUCAUUUCUUUCAGUUUUCCUAGAUUCACUAUGAAUUCAAGUGUGAGUGGUCAGAUUGCCUGUCAUCCAUAGAUGUGCUAGUUCCCUUUGUGUUUCUCUGAGCCCAAGUCUUUAUCUCUGUAGUGAAAUCGUCCUGCCCCUGCUUCUUUGGAUCUCAGGCGGAAGCUUCCUGAUUCUCCUUCCUUCUUUCUUACCCUUUCCUCCAGCCACAUUGAGGCCAACAGCUUCUCUCUCUCUCUCUCUCUCUCUCUCUCCCUCCCUCCCUCCCUCUCUCUCCUGCAGCCGGGUAGGGUUUUUCUGGUGCGAUGCAUAUUCCUCUAGCCUAGCUUCCCUCCCUUCUCCCUCCUUACUGCCGCCUUAGACUUGGAUCAUGCAAGUUCUCCUUCUAGGGUCUUCCUCUAGCUCACCUCUACAGCCCUCUGCCCAGUAGUGUGGAGGGCGGCUGUUGAUAUUUUUCCCAUUGUAGGGUGUGAAUAUUCACUAAGAGCACAAAUCAAACUAGGUUUGAGCCAUAGCAUAGGCAAGAGAGAGCAAGUCAGAGGUCCCAAGAGCCCAAAGGGGCACAGAGUCACUUCCUAAAACUGCCUGGAGUCUGGCACAUCCAGGCAGUAGCCUGCCUGCCUUUCUCGCGGUGCCCUCUGCAAACCUGCCCUUUCCGUUUCUUCCCUAGGCUGAGUCACCAUGGUCCCCAUAGGACCAGACUCCUGCACUAGAACAGGAAGAGACACAGAAUAUUAAUACACCGCACAACUUCCCACCCCCUAAGUUUCUUCCUGGAGCCAUUGCCUUCUCUCUGCCGGGUGUGAGCGAGAAGGCAAACAUAGCUGGCAGUGCUUCCCUAUCGCUUGCUGAUGAUUGAAACUCCAAACUGCAUCCUCUCGGGGGCAUGCUGGAGAAACCAGGCGAAUGCAUCUGGAAGUACAGGAUUCUAAGGACCCGAAAGGAGGUGGAAGCCAUGCUGCAGCUGAGAUUAGCUACUGAGGGGGGACAUACAGAUGUCUUCAAAUGUUGCUUUCUGCAACAUUUGCCCCAUACUGAAGGAGGCUGAUCCCCAAAGAUGAAGAGUUUAGAUUCCUUCAGCAAUGAGUGGAGAUGUAAUAAUAUAAAGGGCAUGAGCACCCAUUCCCUUUAAAAACAAAAAGCAAAACCGAACCCUCCAGCAUCUUUCCCGAUUGCAUGGAAGAAAUGAUAGGAAAACAGCCAUCAGAUUCUCUCCGAUGGCCCAGAAGUUAGUCUCCCAGCAUCCUCCUCAUCUGCGGCACCCAGCGACUGAAUACAGCAGGGCAAGAAACCAGGUCUAGUGGCAUUUCGUUGGCCUGCCUGCUAACUGCUUUGCUUGUAUUAUCUGCCUUUGACGUGUUUAGGGUGUCGGGAUUCUUUUCCAGGCAGCCCCACUCCCAGGUCUGUUCACACAAAUGCUACCCCGAGGUUCAUGACCCCCCUAACAUUCUCAGGACAGUAACUGGGAAGGAGGAGCUGGUUGGCUGAUGGUUCCAGAAAGUUCUGACUCCCCUACUUGCUAAGGCACCCUCUGUAGGAGAGGCAGGGGCCUCAGCCUUUGCUGCCUUAGGAAUCAGUGACAGAGACUUCCCGGCCAUGAGGUGACUCGGUGACUGGCUCAUACUUGCUACCAGCUCAGCUCCACACCCCCAGGCCUCCAUGAAUGUCAGACAGUAGGACAGCAUUUGACCUGGGACAGAAAGACAGGCUGCCUCUGAACCCUGUCACCUUCAAACAAGCUAUCCCCCUCACUGUCCCUGGAGGUAGAUGGAAUCCCCAGUCAGGACUCCACCCUGGAACUGUUAACGAUGGCUUCCAGAAAGUGUACAAGUUCCACAUGACAACUAUAAGAGAUUGCCAUGGAAACAUUGCAUCUAAGGUAUAAACAUAGGGAACACUUUCUUAAAAGACACUGUAUAUCCUACCUGCCUGCACUCUGACUCCCAGAAUCCAUCUCCCGCUGGGAUGGAGAAUCAACCUCCGAAGAAUAUGCAUGACUUCCCUACCUUUCCCUGUUGUAUUUGAAAGAGUUCUUGCCCCAACUCAGGAGAAAAGGAGUAAGCCCUGUAUGGGUAGCCUCCUCACCUCUACCCUUUAUCUCACCUCGAAGAACAAGACUGUCUCCAUAUGGGAGGGGUAACACCACCCUACAUCAUCUGGCGGGCCAAAACACGUUAAGCUUGUAAUCUUUAAUAAUAGCAUUUGCUUGCUUGUUGACGCGCUCCCAUUCUGUAAGCUAGAAAUAAGAAUUGAGGUGAACUGCGGUUCUCAGGAGUUCUUGGACAAGCUCAGCGAUUGCAAGACGUUCUGGGUGACCUAUAUGCAGGGACCAGGACAUCGACUAGGUGUUUGCCAUACCUGCUCCUGUCUCAAAGUUUACAUGACAGGUGAUCUAGUAUCUGAAAGGGUGGAAUCAGAAAGAAAGGAAGAAAGAAAAAGAAAGGAAGGAAGGAAGGAAGGAAGGAAGAGAAUGUUGAGGAGAGCAUCCUUUCUAGCCCGAGCAACUAGUCCCAGUCCCAGCCCUCAUUGUCCCAGGUCAGUCGACUUUAAAGGGAUUGGAAAAUCUAAGAGCAGGGAGAGAAACAACUGGCUUUUAUUGCAGUCUCCUGCUAUGGGCUCAAAUCCAGACUCAGGUCAUAAAUCAAAGAGUAUUGUGUACAUUGUUUUUGAAUCUAAGAUAGUGUCCCCGGGACCCUAUGAGGGCAUCAUGAGAAGAUGAACAAGGUAAUUGUUGGGUGUGCUUCCUGGGUUGGGUUGGCUUGGCUAUGUCUGGCUGCAUGUCAUAUGUGGACUGUUUCCUCGUGUGCCCUUGAUGACAGUGCUAAGUUUUGUACCUCAAACCAUAUUAGGUCCUGUCCCUACACUAUGUCACUAACGGUCCACAGUGACUCGAUCUACCCUGUUACCUAAGAUACAUAGAGAGUCUGGAACCUUCUCGUGAAAAGGGUCCUUAUUUUUAUAUAACGCUAUGAUAACGAUAACCGGUGAGCUCCGAUGGAUCUUCUAGACUUUGGCACAUACUGCUUAUAAUGAUCUGGAAGACCACAGAACUCCAUUCCCUGAGAAGCAUCUGUCACAAACAACUUCAGAUCAGCAGUUUUCACUGGCCUCUUCCAGGAUGCCCUGCAGGGCUGAGAGUCCAGAAUUCAUAGCCAUUUUUCUUCCCUCCAUGUUGAUUCCCCGGUUCCCCCUCCUCCACGAGGAGAAAAAUCCAUGUGCAGUAGACGAGCUAUGCAGCCAUUAGAGUUUUUCACUUGAAUUAUUUAUAGUCAGGACAGAAUAGAGGAGACGCUAGGCCACCCCAUCCCCACGAUCAUGGAAAUGUCACAAUUGCUUAGCUUCAUUCCAUCCACGCUUUGACUAACACUCAGGGGACUGUUCUCAGCUAUGUGGCCUUUGCCACGCACAGUUGGUUUGGAGGAAGGGGACAGGUGGACCAGCUAACUAGGCCUUCUCCUUGGAUCCUAUGCUUCCUGCAAAUGCAUCACCGUCAUGUUAAUGCCAAUGGUUUAUAUUUAAUAUUGGUUCUGUCUUAAAAAUACUACAAAGAGUGAUGGAUUCAGCCAGACAUGGGAGAACAUGCUUGCAGGGCCUGGCAGUUGACAAACUGAGGUGGGAGGAUUAAAGUUCAACAUUUGCCUGGAUUGUGGAGCAAGUUCAAGGCCAGUCUGAGCUAAAUAGUUAAGCUCUAGGCAAGCCUGGGCUACAUAGAGAGUUCUGGGCUAGCAUGAGUUACCACAAUAAAACUCCUCCCCACUCAAGAGGGAAGAAAAAUCCGUUUCACAAAACAGCCCCCUGUAUCUCAACAUUCCUUAUCCAGCUCCUCCUUUGGGGAGUUUGUCAAGAGAAGACAUCCCACGUUCUGGCUAUAGGGUCAACCUUUUCUUCAGGUGGAUGUCUUGGCUUCCAAACCAGUCCUUCAUAUGUUUUCAGAAGUUAUCCAAGCAGGGCUAAUAGGGCAUGCCUAUAAUUCUAGCAGUUGGGAGAUGCAGGAACUCGGAAUAUGAGUUCAAGGACAUCCUCUUCUACAGAACAAGUUGGACUGUGCUACGAGUACAAACACAGAGUGGGGGAGGGGCAGGGAGAGGGAGGGGAUAUCUAGAAAGUAGGCAGGUACUAGAAUUUUCCAGAAAGUAUGGGCUAAUUGGGAAAGAAUAUUUCAGAGAAUGCAGGUUUCACCCGGAUGUUUGCUUCAUCCUUGGACCUGACAGAGAAUGUUCUUUCAGGGCUGCUAGAUUCUAGGCCCUGUAUAUCAAGCCUACUUUGGGAAUGUCCAAGGGAUGCACCUCCCAUCAGCAUGUUCCCAAAUCACAAGCUCUAUGCCACCAAUAGGAGGGUAGUACCUCCUCUGGGUGGAUACUGACUCCUGCCAGCCUCAGCAGGUCUUGCCCAAGGCUCUGAAACCUGUGAACAAAGGCCAGAAAACAGAACAGAAAAACCAAAGGGAGGGUACCAGAAAUAGGAUCCUUGCUGCUAGAAGCCAGUGGAAAGUCCAUCUCCAGUAGAGAAGGUUGCGAAGUCCUGUGUGUUAUAUCGUUCGGGGUAGCUUGUUUUGUGGCAUGAGUCCCAAGGGCAGCUGUGUGUUCCUGUCGGUGUCUACUAUCUGUGAAGGAAACUGUGCCCUCUGGUUCCCAGCCAACAUGUCGCAUGUCACACACAGGGGAGAUGCAUUUUUGUUUGUUGUCCAAAAGUUUGCUGAAUCAAGAUGAGCUUCUAUGUCUUCUUGACUUCCAGCCUGACAAUGAAGGAGCUUUGGUUCCCGAUAAAGGUUAUAUGGAAUUUGAAUUUAUGAGAUUGUAGGUUGAGAUAAAAUCCAGAUUCCAAAAAAAAUGAUGCUACCAAAAUCUCUCUGAGGAUGUCUAAUUGGAAACUCCCCCAAAUAAAGAGUGUGCAUGCCCAUGCUGUCUCCCCACCAUUAGUUACCACCUGACUUUCCCCUGGCCACUGGACUUGGAAGCAGUUCGGGUGGAUGUGGUCCUGCAGAGGGCAGAAAGCUACCAUCUCUAAUGACAAGUCUGGGGUGCAGGACCAGCAAUCUGAAGCUGUUCUUUACAUGGCCAAGACUGGGGUUGGACAUAGAUGCCUGCCACAGCAAUGCUCCAACCAUAGCAAGAGACCUAGGCAGGGACACAGCAGUUCGCGGGUACCCAAGUCUUUGUCCCUUCUUCUUCAUGCCACCUCUGAGCCUGUUUGAGCCAGGCACAGAGGUGUAGACCCACAAUCCCAAAACAUGGGAGCAGAGGCAGAGGCAGGAAGAUUGUGGCAAGUUCCAGAGUAGCCUGUGAGUUCCAGGUCAGCCUGGGCUAAAGCAGGAGGCCUUGUCUCCUAAACAAAACCAUGGGAAUAAUAAACUCCUGCUUCCUGCUCUUAGUUCUUGAUCCCUGAAGCAGUCUGAGAUCCAGUAGAUGCUCACAGGUGACCCCAUUGCUCUUCCCUGAAAAGACCUGUUGAGAAAAGAUUCACUCAGCUCCUGGUACAAGUUCACAUAGAUGGAAAACUCUGGGACCAUUUGAGAGCUGUCCAGUGGCUUCAGGCCCUGGGUGUGUGUGUGUGAUUUCUCUGACCCAAAUUCUGAAUUCAGAAAGAAGCUAAUUGGCCAAGGACUGAUCCAAGGUCAUGUUCGCAGAAGCUGUUCAGACUCUGAAGGGCUGGUCCUGCCAGGUAUGGGAGAGCUUAGCCCACAGGUGGGGACAGGUCAUUGACAUAGUUAAUUCUCAAAGCACAGAUGUAAAUGGCUGGGAUUUGGACCCCUACAUGCUGGGUGUCUCAGAAGCACAGGUAAAGACUGUUCUAAACAGGAGCUUCUUGCCUCUCCUUCCAGAAUGUUCCAGUCAGAUGUCAAUCAUGCAUCUCGAUUUCCCACCUUACCUCAUUUACAUUCUUUUGUUUCCUUCAUGUAGUGUGAGUUUGGUGAUUUUUCUGCUAUUAAGUGGUGAGACAGCAGGUUAGUGAAAUAAAAAAAAUUAUCUUUAUAUCAAAUGUAAAUAUUAAUAUAAAUGAACUUGGCAUGCAACAUAAGUGAUCCAAUGAAGCGAUAUUAUUCACAUGUUAUCUUACUGUAUAAAGGGAAAAUGACUGCCAUAUAUGUACCAGAUGUUUUCUGUAACUAAUCUUGUCUGUAAAUAUAUAAUCUUAUUAAAAAAGAGUCUAAUUUACCAUUAUUUAUGCAAUAGAAAAAAAUAAAAGUUCUUUUUUUUUUCCUUUU